AUGUCGGCCUUGUCCCAAUCACACCACCGAUUCCGCACAGCCCGCGCAGUCGACUACGCCCUCCUCACAGGCGCGGCAUGCCUCUAUCUCUACUUCCGCAUACGACCCAUUCUGAGCCCCGGGGACCCCGUGAAACCGAAGAGAGUGAUCCGCUCCAGAGCCAGAGAAGAAGCAGCGACGUCAGCAGCCGCAGAUGGGACGUCGGCCUCCCGCCCGGUGCCGUAUGCGCCCGACGUGUUUCCCGGCGCGAGGGACGUGGAAACCGCCUACGGGACGAUAAAGGCGUUUGAGUGGGGUCCCGAGGACGGCGACAAGGUCCUCCUGCUGCACGGCAUCGGGACUCCCUGCGUCGCGCUGGGAGACAUGGCGGCCGAGUUCGUCGCCAGGGGGUGCAGAGUGAUGCUUUUCGACCUGUUCGGCAGAGGGUACUCAGACUGCCCGAGCGACCUCCCCCACGACGAGCGUCUGUACACGAGCCAGGUGCUCCUGGUGCUGGCGUCGUCGCGCGUCCCCUGGACCGGCCCGUCGUCGUUCCACGUCGUGGGCUACUCCCUCGGCGGUGCCCUCGCGGCCGCCUUCGCGGCCUACCACGCCAAUCUCCUGCGCUCGGCUACCUUUGUCUGCCCCGGCGGCCUCGUCCGCCCGGCCCGCGUCAGUCUCGGGUCGCGCAUCCUGUACGCCGAGGGCCUGCUGCCCUCCUGGCUCGUCGACGGCCUCGCCAGACGCCGACUCGAGCCCCGGCCCGGCACGGCCAGCGUCGACGUGGCCGAGGCCUCGCAACACGUCGACUUUGACCAGGUCCCCGUCCGCGCGGGGGAUGCGUCUGGCCCCAAGGUCGGGGACGUGGUCGCGUGGCAGCUGCGGAACAACCCGGGCUUUGUGCCCGCAUACGUGAGCACCAUCAGAAACGCCCCCAUCUACGGGCAGCACGAGGCCGUGUGGAGGCGGCUGGGUGAGCAGCUCGCCCUGAGGCGGGCGGACGAGCACGUGCCCGGCCUACAAGGAGGCAGGAUAUGCUUGAUUCUGGCGGACAGAGAUCCGAUUGUGGUCAAGGACGAGUGGAUAGAGGAUUCGUUUGCCGUGCUCGGCGAGGACGCCGUCGACGUCAGGGUCCUCAAGGGCGGUCAUGAGAUUGCCAUUUCCCACGGAAAGCAAGUUGCGCAUGUUGCCAUGACGGCCUGGACACGAUGA